UCGUCGCGCUCAGCAGCAUACAGAUUACAGAACGCGGCCGCGCGCUUCAUUGGAUGUACGUGCGUCUGCUUUAAAGAGACACGCGAGACAAAAGCGCAUCUUUACAAGAUCAGCAUCUGUUAGACGUUGUGAAGCCAUGGCCGAACACUUGAUGAUGCCCAUGACCCACGGCUCUGCUGGCGGAGGCCUGCACGGGUAUCGCAUGGGAAUGAACGGUGCUUCUCCGCACGGACCCCAGCCCGGCCUCCGGACCCUUCCUAACGGCCAACUCUUGCACUAUGGGAGAGGGCCUCAGAGCUCCAUGGAUGCAGCCAUGAGACAGAGGAAUGCCAUGAACGGCGUCAUGAACGGUCACAUCAAUGGCCAGAUGGGAGGUGGACACCCCCACCAAAUGCAGCAACCCAGUAUGAUGUAUGGAAGCCCAAGUCAGCAGCAGCAGCAGCAGCAGGGACACGUUCAAGCACAACAUCAUCACAUGCACCCGAACCAGCACCCACAGCAGUACAUGGGUGGAGGAGGACUCACGCCAUCUCAACAGCUUAUGGCCAGCAUGCAUCUUCAAAAACUCAAUACCCAGUACCACGGGCACCCGCACGGGCCUUUGAACAUGCAUCAUGCGGGAAAUGUUCAGCACAGAAUGGGUCCAGGUCAUUUGCCAGGGAUGCAGAUGGGGAUGGGUGGUCCGGUGCUGGGCCCCAACGUCAUGGACAUGGACUUGAUCGACGAGGAGGUUCUGACGUCUUUAGUGCUGGAGCUCGGCCUGGACCGGGUCCAAGAGCUACCCGAGCUUUUUCUAGGGCAAAACGAGUUCGACUUUUUCUCAGACUUUGUGUGCAAGCAGCAGCCAAGUACUGUCAGCUGCUGAUAGCUUCUGGUUCUUUAGUCAGAGAAAGGUGUUUGAUCAGCAAGACUGUCUUGCUCAAGAAAAGCUCGGGUUCUGUGUUUCUCUGUGUCUUUGAAGUCGUGCUAUGCAUAUUGUAGUGCACACUGUUUGCUUUUAAAGAAUUCCACGCUUGAAAUGAGAACAGAGACUUUACUUGAACUUGGUACUAGGUACUCGGUGAGCAGCCCCUUGUCUUUUUUCGGGUCCUGUUGGGUUGAUGUUGACCAACUGCCCCAGGGUGGAAUGUAUCUUCACACGGUGGAUAAAGAAGUCUGCUUGGAACGAUUUAGAAACUGCUUUGCCUCCUUAGGGGCUACUAGAGUCGAUAGCGUUUAGAAAUGUAUUUAUGUAUGAUGCCUACCAAAAAGCAGACGUGAUCUGUGGUGAUGGAGAAACUUGCCUUUUCCCAGACUAACCCUGAGAUUCGAGAGUCCUGAUGUUUGAAUGUGUGUGUUAUGUGGGCAAUGAAGGCUGGUACUUCAAACAAGUGACACUGAUUUUGAAAUAGCUCUUAAUGAUGUUUGAAAUGGUGGGGGGGGGGGGGUGAGACGACUUUAAAUCUUGUGAAAACGUCUGGACUAAAAAUGACGCAUCUGAUUAUGACGUCACUUGGUUCAUUCAGGAAUAUUCUGUGUUAGAUGACUCGCUUGGAAAAUGUUGAAACAUUUUGUAGCCUCUCUUGCUAAAUGUUGAGCUUGAGCUGUAUCGGCUAAUAAGUCUGAACUGUAGAACUGCCUUAUAGUGUUUUACACAAUACUGAUACUGCUGAGAAUUCACUGUAGACAUUUUUACCUCACAUCAUGGCAAGAGGAACUAUAUAUUUGGAUGAUUUACAAUGUAAAAAGUGACAUUAUAAAUCAUAAAGUAAAGAAAGAGGACCUCAGCCACUCCCUAUAGUACAAAUUGGCUGAUUUGUGUUGGAAUCGACCCCAGGGACCAGCAGCUCAUCUCAACACUGUACCCCAACUCUGCACACUUCAAAUAUAAUGUUGUUUUUGACAUAAACAUCUUUUUUGACUAGGGUCAGAAUGGUCAGUCAUCUCAGAUGAUCUGGUAAUUAUGCUUAUUCUAUUGUGAUGGGUGAAGAGUUUGGGACAGUCAAUGUCCCUGUUGAGCGGAGAGGAGCUUUUGAUGUUCCUAUGGUGUUAUGUUUGUAGUAGCUCUCUAUGGGGGUUGGGUUGGUAUAGAAAUAGCACAGCGUACAGUACUAGUAGGUUAAUCUGUUCCAUCAGAGCUAGGCUGAACUACCCGCCCCAGGCUGGCAGAUUUCUGCAUGUACAGCUCGAGAUGAUGGGUUGUAGAAUGGCCACCGAAUGAGGCAAAAAGCACAAACAAGGAAAUGCCAAAUGGUGGUUAUAUCCUCAUGUGUUGUAACUCUUAUUUGGCUUAUUGUUUAAUGCUUUAUUACAUAAUAAGGGGUGGUAUUUAAUUCAUGACAUUCAUUUACUUAAUUGCAUAUCUGGUAGAGACUGCAAUGACCUUCCCAAGAUCCUUCACAUUUGUCACACUUGGAAACUUGAGUAAACUGCAUCUAGCAACGGGCAAAAUAAUAAGGUGUAGAUUUCCUUUCUUUUUUGUUAAAAUGAGGGAAUGUGUGAAAUUUUGUGUAAGUAGACGUGCAUUGCCUCCCCACAGAUCAAUUCAGAAUGUCAAUAGCAGGUUUUUUUCUGGACACAAAUGUUUUCUUCCAAGCAGUUUGCUGUUUUUUACUGUGCUGUGCUCCCACAAAUGCUUUUUCAAAUGUUGUUGAUUCUAUCUUAAGAAAAUGUAUUUAUUUUCAUUGAAAAUAAAAUAUUUAUUUAAAGAA